AUGUUCGCACCAGAUUCGUUUGCACCGCAGCAAAGCCAGCAAAGAUGCAAAGUUCAGGAAAGCUGGCGGCUUUUCUCGCCCUCAUUUGCGCCGCAUUUCUACUCCCUGCAGAGCAAAUCUGCUGGGCUGACGCACGUGUUCCGCUCGGACAACAAGACCUUUGAGGAGGCGAAGGCGUCGUGCGAGAAAUUGGGCGCCAAGUUGGCCGUGGCCAAUUCGCAGGCGGAGGCGCAGCUGCUGCUCGACCUGGCCAAGUUGAGCGACCCCUGGGGCUGGUACGCGUUCGUGGGCCGCGUCAAGGAGGGCCAGCAGUGGCUCAACCUCGACGGGACGACGGUGGCCAGCUUCGAGUGGUGGAGGCGCGGCCAGCCCGAGAACAAACACGUCACGCUCCCGGACGGAACCAGUGCGAUGGAAAAUUGCGGCGCCAUCUUCCCGGACGGCCUGCACGACGUCCCGUGUCAGUGGACGCUGUCCUACCUCUGCGAGUUCCCACGCGUGCCCUGCUAGAAAUGUUUUUCCCAAUAAAGACCGAAAAUUGGAU